AUGGACUCCGUCGCCGGCGGCAGCCUCUGCUCCUCCACCGUCGCAUCCGGCGUCGGCGAAAGCCUCAGAUCCCCCAUUACAUCCUCCUUCCCUCCCUCCCAGUUCUUCGACCCGAUCUCCUACCUCAACUCCAUGUCCUCCUCCGGCCCGCCGCUCCGCCCACCUGCCCGCUACCUCUCCCCGCCUUCGUCUCCACUUCCGUCGAGGAAGCGCUCCCGGUCGGCGCGCCGCCCACAGACAACGGUGCUCAACACCGACGCCUCCAAUUUCCGCGCCAUGGUGCAGCAGUUCACCGGCGUCGCCUACCCGCCUUUUGACCUCGCCGCCGCCUCCGCCUCCUUCUCCCGGCCGCGCCUCAACCUCUUCGACUCCGCCACUCAGCCUCCUCCGCCGCCCUUCUCCCAAAAGCCCCAAAAUAUAUCAUCCACCGACUUAAACCUUAACACCACUACAUCUCAUAACCCUAGCUUUGCCCCCCAAAUCGAAAACGGCCAGAGCCAAAUCCUUGCUCUGCAAUCGCUUCUCCCUCUCCUCGGCGCAAAUCGACAGGGCAUCGGCCUUCAGCCCGCCAUCGCCGGUGUCCUUUCGAGCUGGCCGACGGGGCCUCUACCGGAAUCCGGCGCCUCGCUGCAAAGAGCGACCAGCUACACGACGAAGAACCAAAAUCAGCAGGGUUCGUCGUCGCCCGCACCGAAUGCGAGGCAGGGAUCGUCGCCGACGGUGACCGCAUCAUCGUCGAAAGGUGAAGAAGAAACAGCUAGUAAUUACACGAUCGAGUCGUGGAUUAAUUAA